AAAAGUUGCCAAAAGCUAUUUCCACUGCAAGUUCUGGCUCUCCAUGUACAUUCAUGCCCAGUGAUGUUAAGCUCAUCUGAUGAGGAAGAGCCUGGUGAGGGUGAAUGCCCCAUAUGCCACGAAACGUUUCCAUUUAUGGACUUAAACAUUCAUGCCAGUUCCUGUGGAGAAAGGUCUGACAACAGUCUUGAAACCAACACUGCAUCAGAUACACUUUCUGACAAGAUUUCUUGUGAGGAAGAUGUUUUACGUUGGCUUGCUGCCCAAAUUGACCACACAAAAGAGUUCAGCCUUUGUGUGGCACGAGAACAGUUGGUGGAACGGGGUAUGAUGCUCUGGAAAAGACAAAAGCGAAGUUCCCCCAUCAAUCCUCUUAAAGUUACUUUUCUGGGAGAGUCUGGAAUUGACACUGGGGCACUGCGUGUGGAGUUCCUGACAGAGUUGAUUUCUGGGAUUGGUGACAGGCUCUUUGAGGGUCAAGAAGGGAAAGGAAGAAUCCCAAAGUAUUCCCUAAAUGACCUUGACAAUGGUCUCUUCAGAGUUGCAGGGGAAGUCUUUGCAGCGAGCCUUGCACAGGGUGGUCCAGCUCCAUGUUUCCUACAAGAAUGGUGCUACCAGUUCCUGGCAACUGGUGAGCUGAUACCCAUAAGCAAAGAUGACAUCUUUGACUUGGAGUUGUCACCACUGAUUGAAGCUAUUGACGAGGCGAACGAUAUGACAAGCUUCACAGACCAGAUUGUUAAUUGUGGCUACACUGGUCCAAUAAAUGAGGAGCAUAAAGCUAGCAUAAUCAGGGCAAUUGUCUUGCAUGCCACAACAAAAAGGACAGCGAUGCUAAGCCAGCUACGACAAGGCUUAGAUGUCUAUGACUUCUUAAAGGUCAUCAAAGGAAAUCCAGCACAUUGCCGUGGUCUGUUUGUUGCUGGCAAUAUUGAGAAAGUGGAUUCACACUACAUUGUGUCCAGACUUGCACCGGAGUUCAGUAGCUCCACAGUCAACCAACUAACAGAAAAAAAAAUCUUAAACUACUUUCAAGAUUUUCUGCUCGAACUUGAGGAUGCAGAACCCGAAGACCACGACGAGCCCUCUGUCCCCGGUGUGAUGCAAUGGCUUUCUGGCCAGGCUCACAGACAUCUCUUGUUAUCAGACAGGGAAGCAUUUAAAAUAGUUGUUCGUUUUAACCACAAUUGCUUUGACAACAUGCCUGGUCACACCAUCUGCUUCCCUGUUGUUAGUGCCUGCACACAAACUGUGACUUUUCCAACAGCUCAUCUCAACUCUUUUGAGGAGUUCAAAGAGAGUAUCUUGAUCUCUCUGAAGUGUGGCGCAGGAUUCCACAGAAUCUAGUGUUUCAACAAUUUUUGUUUUGUUA